AUGUCUACACCCUAUACGUCAACAUCCACCCCUCGCCAGCGCAUCCGUGAUGUCCUACCCACCGUAUACUUAGGUCGCUAUGCCCCUGGAUCAAAGAACAGCUUGACCGAUGUCCCUGGAGUACUCGUCUCGACGCAAUCUAUUCACGAGUCUGACAAAUAUCCUAACGCACCUCCGAGUGCUAUCAACACCGGCGUAACUACCAUUCUCCCUGGGAAAGACUGGUUCGAAAAUGCAAGCUUCGCGGGCAUCUUCCGUUUCAAUGGCUCUGGAGAAAUGACUGGCAGUCACUGGAUUGAAGAGACGGGACUUCUGCGCUCGCCCAUCAUCAUCACGGGAAGCUUGGGGGUUGGGUCAGCAUACAAUGGAAUAUAUGAAUAUGGGCUUCGAGAGCACACAGAUGAAAAUGGAAAAGCGGAUUGGUUCCUUACACCUGUGGUGGCGGAAACGUUUGACGGCUUCUUACACGACGUCACAAAGUUCGCCGUUACGCCCCAGCAUGUUGUUGACGGAAUCGACGCCGCCAGCAGUGAGCGUGUCUCCGAGGGCAAUACGGGCGGUGGAACAGGCAUGAUCUGUCACUGGUUCAAAGGGGGCACAGGCUCCAGCUCCCGCACCAUCCCGGCUAAAGACAGCAAAACCUACACCGUGGGCGCCCUUGUCCAAGCAAACUAUGGUAAGAUGUGGGACUUCAAAAUCGCCGGUGCCCCAAUUGGUCGCAUCAUAUACGAAGAACAAGAACGUCUCUUCCGCGAGAAUCCCACGGACCCAAGUCGGCUUGCACAGUCAAAAAUGCUGUUCAAGGUAGCUGAAGCCAAAGACAAGAAGGACGGAUCUAUAAUCGUAAUUCUGGCCACCGACGCGCCCCUCCACCCGACACAGCUCCAACGCCUAGCAAAACGCGCAACAGUCGGUCUCUCGCGCGUCGGGGGGUGGGGCACUAACCCCUCGGGCGACAUCUUCCUCGCUUUCUCGACAGGAAACACGAUGAAUGUUCUAGGCGUCACUGAGAAUGGCGAGGCGGUUGAUCCCUGGGUAGCAAAAACACUAGAUAUUCAGAUGGUGGAAGACCAGACUAUCAAUGCGCUUUUCGAGGCCGCUGCAGACUCGGUGGAGGAAGCAAUUUAUAACGCCGUGUUCAUGGCUGAGACUAUGGAGGGUAAUGGAAAUAAAAUCGAAGCGCUGAACACUGAUCGCGUUAAAGACCUGAUGCAGAAGUACUUGUAG